AUGCCAAUUCUCAGUAUAUUCCAGGGGACGUUGAAACGAAAAACAAUGUUAGAAAUGGCACUCUUGAAGAUAAUGCGUUCAUUAGCGAUUCAGUACAUUAUAGACUAUUCAGUAAACGCUAUGGAGAUCAAUAAGGUAAAUUCUUACAAGUGCGGCUGUAGUUUUGAGGACACAUACCGAGAUAUUGUUAGAUUUGUAAACACCAUCAUACUCGACCAUGGUGAAACAAUAUUGACCCCCGGGGUCAGGAUCAGUCCCAGUGAAGCAGUUGAUGACUUGCUGCAAUCCAAGUCUAGCAUCAAUGGUCACGAAUACAAUGUCUGUUCGAAAUUUUGCAUAUUGUAUGGCAUUGGUGAUAAGCAGAAAAAUUACGUUGACUGUGGCGAGAUGCGUUACAAGACAAAUAGCGAGUUGAUUGAAACACCAAUCGCCAGUAUGAAGCUCCUCGAAUCAGUAGCUGGCCAAAUUACUGAUAUUUUCGAUGUUGAAAAUUACAAGAAGUUGGUACAACAAGGCCUGUUGUCUAAUCCAAAUGAUAUAGCCAUUGGGAUUUAUACCGACGGGUUUAUCAGCCAGAAGGUUCAUGGCUUGGUGGUUGAGUGCAACGGAGUAGAACUUUGCCGGUCCAAAGUUUAUCUGUUGCUUGCCUCUGGCGAUAUUCCAGUUGUAGCUUAUAUGGCCCACUUUGGUUCCCAUAACAGUUUGUUCGGUCGCUGCUCGUUUGAGACGAAAGGCAAAUCCCCCAAUAACAGCCGUCAAGGCACCUACUUAGAAACCAGUUCUGCGCCUCUAAGACCUUUAGAAGAACCCGAAGCGGGCAUGCCUAUUAACAGUUUUGACAAAGUAUCUGCCCAGAUAGAUGGUACUCGCGCAGUUUACUGGCUCCAUUUUAUUUUAUACCUCGUUCCCACUUUAGUCGCGCCCCAUUUGCCUAAUAGAGCUGUCAAAGGUUGUGUGUUGGCAUUGCAAUGGACAUCGACUUCCGAGUUACUGGACGAGAUAGAUGCUGUUUUCCGAUCAGUGCAACCUUACCUGGUCCAUACACCCUAUAUUAUCAAGCAGCAAGACCCCCUGAAAUGCGAUUCCGCUCACUCCAUGAAGAGAGUAAUUGGCAUAAAAUCAAAUUUAAUUAAGUCCAAAUCAAAGGGUGGCCGAAAUCCUAGAUUUAUUGUCAGGCGUUUUGUGAUACACAACCAUGACAGCAUGUCAAUCGGUGUUCACAACGAAUUAGACACAAUUCAACCCAAGUCAUGCGAUGAAGAAAGUUACAUGGACUUUCCUAAUGAUCUUAGUGGCGCACGAUUAGGGGAGCCAUUUUAUUGA